AUGCAAACCACCGACAACUCAACCGCCUCAACCACAUACCUUCCUCCCAUUAAAUUUUUAUUGGAUUCACCCGUAGAAAUGUUUAAUGAUCAACAAAGAACUCCGGUGGAACACCGAUGUACAAAUUCUUAUAUUAAUACCUCUUCACGCAAGCUUCCAACUUUGUCUUUGAAUAAUAUCCCUUGUCCAAAAGUUCAACUCAUUUCUCCAGUUGAAAGGAACGUUGAUAAUAAUAUGUCCGGAUAUCAUCAAAAAGGAAAUCAAUAUCAAAAUAAUUUACCAAGACUUCCUUCUAUUUCCGUUUCAAUUGGACAGAUUGAACCUGCUUUGAACAAUAAUAAUAGGAACAUUGUAACAUCAGUGCAAAAGAAUUCUCGCCCAAAUAGUAUUCAAUCCUUGAUAUUAUCACCACCAGAAUCUCCAGAUAUGAUCAAUAAUCCAUCAUUUGAUGAUUAUGAACCUCGUCAGGAUCACGAACAUCGACAACAAAAUCAUCGUCCAAGAAUGGUACAUCCACCUCAACAUCCUGACUACCAUUAUUCUUCAAAUGUGGUUUUGUUGACACCUCAUUACCAUUCUCAAUCUUACACGCGCCCAGAACAUCGUAGAUACGAUCGUGCUGGAGAAUAUCAUCAGGGACGUUUGGUUUACGAUCAUGCUUAUGCAGAACAACAACGUGCAUAUCCAUCCUCAAACAUCUCUCCAACAACUCUUCAACCUGCAUUUUCUCCAUUUGAAUCAAGACCAGCUGCGACUCUUCCUCGUCUUGAUGUCCCUUCUCCAGUGUUGAGCAAUGAAAAUGUUAUCACAAGAAGGUUGGGUACACCAAAGAUUAUCAAUAAUCAUCAAAUAAAUUUACCAGUAGCUGGAGUAACCACUUCAAAUACUAAUAAUAGAUAUCAAUGUCCUUAUUGCUCGAAGAGAUUUUCUCGUCCAAGCUCAUUACGCAUUCACACUUAUUCACACACAGGCGAAAAACCUUUUGUAUGUACUGAAUCUGGAUGUGGAAGAAAAUUUUCUGUACAAAGUAAUAUGCGAAGACAUUUAAGAGUUCAUCGAUUAGGGAGACCUGUUAAGAAAGUUAGAUAUGAUGGCGAAGUAGAAGGUGUUAAAAUGUUGAAUCAUGGACCUAUUAUGAGAAAUUGUUAA